AUGGGCUAUUUGUUGACGGCCUACGCCAAUGUCCAUCCCAAAAUCGAUCUGACCGCCUUGCAAAAGCUCUCCGACUAUCAGCACAUCCCGCAGCAGCCGGGGAAGCUUGCGUGGCGCAAUGGGCAUCUCGUAAUUCACCAAUCUCGCCUAGUUUUGACAGUGGAUGGGCCGUUCCGCGAACAAAUCCGACGAUUCCAAGCAGUCCUCGCCGAUCUGCAGAAAAUAGAGCCUCGCUCCAAGAUCCGGAGCUAUGGGCUCAGUCAUCGGACGGACGGCCGAUUUCGCGGGUAUCUGAUCAAUUUCUGGACACCUCCUUGCUCGGUGAAUGUCCAUUAUGAACCGGAAAUUUCGGGGACGAUCUAUGCCAAACUCAGCUUCCCCAAGUCACCUCAGGUCCGAUUAUGGAUUGCAGAAAGUGGGGCGAUCGAAAUGGCCAAGAUCCGCGACAGCCGCGACCUUGUUUUAGGCCAGGAGUGCAUCAAAAGCCUUCAAGUCCUCGCCAAGGUCGGGAAUCCGAAGAAAUCCGCAGUCGAAGUGACGAAACCGAUUCUGCAGCCCAGAAUCAACAUCGAAGAAGAGGGAAUCUCACAGCUUGAACGGUAA